UCGUAACGAAUUACUAAACUAGAAACGAUGAAUCACCGAAGAAAAUAAACGAAUUGUGUUUUUUAUGAAAUAUUUUAAUUCGUAGUAAAACGUAACACUGUAGUGAUAUCGAAACACUGACGUCAGAACAAUAACCUCUUUCGUAGGCGGUGACGUUUUCCUAUCCAGUUUGAGAAUAAAUUCGACGUUGACCUCGUCUGUGUCGCAGUUUCUGUAACUUGUUAGUAAAUAUGGCUGCUUCGUACUGUGUACCGCUCCUUAUUUUGUAUUUGAUUCACGCUGUGUUAACACAGGGUGAUCAUAUUGAACAGCGUAUGAUCGAUUCCUUCACCGGUGAAAUUAUCCCAUAUAAAUACGGUUUAUCGAAUGGAGAUUAUUGCAUCAACAGUGUAGAAUGUUCGAGUGGAUGUUGCUUGAGCAGUAACAAAAGUACCCAUAGAAAAUGUACAGCCAAGUCACUGAAGAAUGACAAAUGUAGCAAUGACGUAUUGAAGGGACAAAUAUAUUGGAAUCAUUGCCCUUGUAAAUCGGGAGAAAAUGCGUGUGUUAAAGGUAAAAGAGGAGUCGGCAUAUGUUCCUCCUGAGUGCACCUCGCGUGUUUUCUCAUUGUAUCUAGUUCCUACUUGAUUAAUAAAGCAUCCGACUUAUUUUCAUACGCUUCUUGAGUAUUAGUGAUUUGUUGAUGCACGGUUUUCUUCACUCAAACGUAAACAUUCUGUUGUUUAGUUAUCACAAGGCUUUUGAUCCACAGUUAAAUCUAAAACAAUUGCUUAUAACGUUCAAGUAAUCAGUCGUGGGCACACCUGUGGUAACUCCACGUUGGGAGGCGCAUACAAAGAAUUACAGAACACAAAUUGUCUAGACACAUAAUUUAAAGAUAAUUAUUCUAUUUUUACGUAUGAAGCACGAGUUUUAAGAAUUCUAAGUUUACAAUUGUCUUAACUGGAAUA